GUGUUGCUUUGUUUUUUUCCCCUUUUUUUCAUCUUAGUAUGGAAGCGAUAACUUCGUUCCUCGGAGUCUUCCAAUUGGGUAGGAUUCUGCGAAUAUCGAGGAUAACUGGCCGGCUCAAUUGUUAUGUUGGGAUGUGAGAAGUUCAUUACUUAUUGUAGGUGCUACCUGUGGGAGUAUCUGUGGGCCAUGUAUUGGUACAACAGUGUCCUCUUGUCGACUACUACAGGGGAGGUUCUAGCGCCUUUCUCGAAGAAUUACCAGUGGGUAUCAGUGUCAAUGAGAGCUGGAAGAUCGCAUGGCCUGGUUGGCUCCCUUCUUACAGCUCUUUUGCUUUUGUGUAACCAUUUUCCUGCUUGCCGAUAAGAUGGGAAUAAUGGCCGCAUGUCAUAUGUCCGCAAUGGAGG